AUGCCUCGUGACCCAACCUACCACGAUGUGGAGAAGAUGAGACGCCACGCUCUCAAGCCGUACGAUAGACACGCCAGCGACAAUCAAGUGGCCUUAAGCAAUGACGACGACAGUGAUGUUGAGGCAGCUAGCGACGACGAAGGACCUGGCGGCGAUGAUGAUGCCGGCAGUGCUGAGGUUUCCAGCGACGAGAGUUCUAGCGACGACGACGAAGAUGUCACCAACAAUGAAUAUGACAACGAGGGUGAAGAAGCCGAUAGCGAUCAAGAUGCUGACCGCGAGGAAGAAGCCAGCGACGUGCAAGAUGCCAUCGACGACGACGACGACGACGACGACGAAGAAGUCGACUAUGAUGAAGAAGAAGACACGGAAAAGCCCACCAACAUCUUCAACCCAAGUGGCUCCAGCGUAAACUGCACCGACAUGGGCGAAUCCUACGCCUCAGGACUUCCCAACGAAUACAGUCCGCCCCCUAUCGACUCUGGAGGCAGGGACCUGGACGAAUGGAAGGAGCGUCUUGAAGAAAAUGGCUUCAAGGUAUCCGACGAUCCACCAGACGAAGAAUACCUCAGCGGCCCUCGCGAAGCCGCCGUUGCAUACCGCCAUGCUGGUGGCGGUGGGCACGUCGUUGCGAUGGAUGGUGGUUACAAUGAUGCGACGUAUACAUACUCUGAUCAUCAGGGUCGUGUCGAUGAGGAUGUCACGGAGGAAGUGAAUAAAGCAAGGCGCGAGGACCGCAUUGCAGGCUACAUCACGAGGCCGGACUUUGACGAUCGCGAGAGGGAACAGCAGCAGGAGGAUGACUAUGAGGAUGACGAGGAAGAAGAGGAAGGUGAUGAGGACUAUGGUGAUGAUGGAGAUUAUGAGAUGGACAAUGGGUGGAACAAAUACCGGUGA